UUGCUAGUCAUGGUGGAUAGGACACUUUGUACAUGGAGGUUUUUUGACUGUACGGGCUAAAUAAUAACCCUGAACAGGAGUUAAGGAUUCCACAUAUUAUUAUUGACAUCUGUUCGGUGUUUUUUACAUUUUUGCCUGGUUUCAUCUGUAUUACACUUCUUUCACGUAUCGGGCCGUAAGAAACCUGGUGUUUAUCGCACAGAUGUGGAUCUUGUAGCUGCUCCGGAAUUCAUCACAAGACCAUCAUCAUCUUCAUCACUAGAUUUUUCCAGGGGGGUUUGGAUAUCAGAAAAGACACCUGUCGGAUGACAUGCACCCCGAGCAGACAAUGAUCUGAAGGCCCUACCAGGAGGCCGCAUACUUUUUUUCUUCCUUCCCUCCUUCCUUUUUUUUAUCAGUGGAGGAAGACGGGUGAGCCCAGCUGCCUCAGACAGGUGGCAUACAGAGAAAGAGAGAGAGAGACUCUCUCACACACACACAUCUUCAUACACAGAGGCGACUAGUCGCUGUUUGUGCUCCUGUAGCUGCCUUGAGAAAUUUUGACCUCUGACCUCACCACACCCCCAUCCUUGCCCCCACCCCUGCUCGGCCAAUCACAGCAGCCAUGGGGAGGAAAAAGAUCCAGAUUCAGCGAAUCACAGACGAGCGUAACAGACAGGUGACCUUCACCAAACGGAAGUUUGGUCUGAUGAAGAAAGCCUACGAGCUCAGCGUGUUGUGUGACUGCGAGAUUGCCCUCAUUAUUUUCAAUCACUCAAACAAGCUCUUCCAGUAUGCCAGCACCGACAUGGACAAAGUGCUCCUCAAAUACACCGAGUACAAUGAGCCGCACGAAAGCAGGACCAACGCAGACAUCAUCGAGGCUCUGAACAAGAAAGAGCACCGGGAUUCGGAGAGCCCAGACCCAGAGGAGCCGUUCUCCCUCACGCCUCGCACAGAGGAGAAGUACAAAAAGAUAGACGAGGAGUUUGAUAAAAUGAUGCAGAGCUAUAGGCUUUCAUCCACAGUGCCACCGCCCACUUUCUCCAUGCCAGUCACAGUGCCGGUGUCCAGUCAGAGCCCUCUGCCAUUCAGCAACCCCAGCAGCCUCGUCACCACUUCCUUCGUCACCUCCACUCUCACAGAUCCGCGCCUGCUGUCGCCACAGCAACCGCAGCUGCAGAGGAACACGGUGUCUCCAGGCCUGCCACAGAGACCUGCCAGCGCAGGUGCUCUUCUGGGAGGUGACCUCAACAAUUCAAACGGAGCGUGCCCAAGCCCUGUGGCCAAUGGUUACGUCAGUGCCAGGGCCUCCCCAGGACUCCUCUCAGUCUCCAACGGCAACAGCAUGGGGAAAGUAGUGCCGGCUAAAUCUCCCCCUCCACCCAGCGCUCAGAUGGUGAACAGUCGCAAACCGGACCUUCGGGUCAUCACCUCCCAGAGCAGCAAGGGUCUCAUGCAGCUGACAGAUGAAGAGCUGGAGUUGGUGAGUGAGAAUGCUCAGCGGUUAGGCGCCUCUCAAGUGACCCAGCCUCUUACCACACCAGUGGUUUCCGUGGCAACGCCGAGCCUCCUGACUCCAUUCUCCAUGCCAACCGCCUACAACACAGAGUACCAGCUAACAAGUGCAGAUCUCACAGCCCUCCAGGCCUUUACGCCGUCGGGUGCACUGUUGCCAAGCAACAUGACCACUUGGCAACAGCAGCAGCAGCCAUCUGUAUCCCAGCAACCACAGCAGCAGCCAUCCGUAUCCCAGCAACAGCCUCAGCAGCAGCAACAACAACAGCAACAACAGCCACAGCAGCUAACUCUGGCCUCCCUCAGUAAUCUUGUCAUGUGGGGCUCAGACAAACAGAACGGAGAGAUGGCUCACUGCAUCUCUGGUCUGGCUGCUAAUCUCAGUGUGACCUCUCAGGGCAGCUUACUCUUGGGCAGGGAGGAAGGGAUCAGCUGGCCCGUGGGAACGAUCCCUCAUGGAGCUACUCUGACGGUUAACACUAACUCAGCACACCUCAACAUCAAAUCCGAGCCAGUGUCUCCCAACCGGGAUCGCAGCACCCCUAGUUCCACCGCCGGGGCGGCGGGUGGCAUAUCAGGCCUAACUGUGACCCAGUAUCCGGCGACACUGCGUUUAGAGCCCACCGGCCGCUCUCCGGUCGACAGCAUCAGCAGCAACGGCAGCUCUUACGAAGGAAGCGACCGAGACGACGGAGGGCAGCCGCGCCCUCCUGAUUUCAGCUCCGCCAGCCUGGGUCUCCUCCGAGCUUCCGCAGAGCCGCCGGCCCAAGCAGAGCAGCAGGAGUCAGCCAAUGUGAAACGCAUGAGACUAGACACCUGGGUCACAUAAACGCUGAAGGAGAGCACGAGAGACUGCUCUCUCACUCGCACAUACACACACACCGACACAAACACACCCCUAGUGGCACCUGCUUUCAGCAGCCAAUCUCAGUCCGCACUUAGACACAUGCAUGCGCCUGUCUCUCUUUCUCUCUCUCUUUCUCUAUUCCUGUCUCUCUCACUCUCAGACACACUCAUAUUUACUGGUGUGUGUAUAUAUAUUUAUAUAAAAUAUGCAUAUAUGAUCACGCACUAGAUCCUCACACACACAGUUGCCAAUCCAGGUGUAAACGUGUUCACGUACUCGAGACUGAAGAGAUGUACCCGGGCGAAAGAGCCCUUGCUCAGAGAGGCCGUCUGGAUCUCAGAUCAACUUUUACAGGCCUUACCGUCGACCCGAUCAGAGUUCAGCGGCACUGCUCUGUCGAAAACAGCUUGUUAUGUUGCAUAGACAAGCCUGUCAAUCUCUUUUUUUUGUAUUGAUUUCUCUUUUGUUUUGUUUUUGUAUGAAUGGUUGCAUUUGCCAUUUAUCUUCUCGAUUGACUCUUUCUCUCUCUCUUUUUGCUUGAGCAGCUGCCUUUAGUAUCGCCCCCUUCCCUUUUGUAACGUAGGAUCUUUAUCUUUGUUUUUCUAACUGUGCAAAAACUACGCAUAGUGUGCGUGCGUGUGCGUGCGUGUGUGUGUCAGCACGGUGCUCAUUCAUUCGAUCGCUAAACACAAUUCAGCCAAAAAACUCCACUCGAUCAUGUUUCCAUCCGUAAUCUCGCACCAGUCCCCUCGCUUGCACACUCGUAUGCGUGUGUCUACCGGCGGAGCUCGAAGCACAAACGCCGCUCCGCGUCCUCGAUUUUCUGCGUACGCGUGGACCGUAAAUGUGGUGUCGUUGAUGGAAAUGUAGAUCUAUCUGUACUAACGAGAUCCAGGCGUGAGGGAAACACAGCAACGUGUUCGUAUCAGCCUGUGAGCAGCGGUCUGCCACAUUAUGCUAUAUUUAUUGUUUUCGUCUGGCUGUGUAAUUCAGAGAUUAAUUAGUUAACUUUAUGGGACGAGUAUGCUUAAUUAUCGUUUGUAAGAUUCCAGGUUAAAGUUAAAAGCGGUCAAAAAAGCCUGAGUUGUUGUUAAACUCAGGACGGCGAGUUUUUGAGAUCAUGUACAUACAGAAUUUCUCAGUGUUUCAGAACAGGUGUAUAGAGCUCGUUUUAGCUACUAAAGAAACGGAGGUCGUGUAGCGCUGUGUGUGUGUGUGUGCGUGAGAAGCGUUGAGAUUGUACAUAGCGAUGUAUGUUCACAUAUAUUCUGCUGGGUCUUUCUGAAACAGCGCUGUAAUCUCAGUGGAACCGUCUCUGUCAACCUCUACCUGUAAAUAAACUGUACCGUGUUGUAAGUUAGCCAGGUGGAGAGGCAGAUGAAGGAGGAUUUGACUGUUUAAAGCGUGACUCUUUUCUGUCGUUUUUAUCCUGAUGGCGCGCACUUUAAAAUCGUUCCCCCUCGUCCGCUCGCACACCUUCAGACACACACGUGAGGAGUUUAUGCUUCCUCGCAUUGUCAUUUAUUAUCAGUCAUUUUUACACCUCUAUUCCCCAACAGGAAUUUUCUAGAGAGAUUCUAGAUGGAAUACAGAUAGCUUCACCUAUAAGAUGUUAAAAAGCAUUCAGGGAAGGACGUUUCGUUUUUUUAGUUUUUGUGUGAGAACAUGGCUUAUUGCACUUCACAUGUUUAACCGUGAACAAUAAUAGAAGAAACAUGUCACGUUUUGUAAAAAAAAGACAACUAAGAAAAAAAGAAUGUUGUGUUGAAAUCUAGAUUAGGCUUUACACGUGUUGCAGAUGUGACAAUUGUGUACACAAAUCGUUUUCUGUGCAUUAGUGUAUUCUAAGUGACAAAGAUGAAGGAUAUUUCCGAGUGGAUUUUGAAAAAUGACAGCGACAGCGUUAGUGCUGAAGGCAGUGGGGUUCAAAUAUGAUAUAUUCCCCUCUAAAAAGAUGAUGUUAGUGUAUUUAUAUUCAAGGUGAGACUCACCUGUUCGUCAUCGGCUUCUCUACCUCUCCCUUCAUCCUCUUGUAUCUUUUCCUUCUCUCCUUUUUUUCCCACUCCUUCACUCACAGAGGAAGACAGAAGCCAUUUCAUUUCACCUCAACAGGUGACCCACCUUUUGUUUAACCACACACGCACACACACACACACAUACACGACGGAUGCAGUACCGGGAGAGUAAGCGUUUGUUCGGACUCAUCACAGACCUGCGUUCGUAUCCCAUCGACUGAUGUUCUAGAGCUACUGGGCGGACGUUUUCUAGAACUGCAUCACAGCAGAGGGAGGCCUCUGCAGCGCACCCGUUGACUUAAAGACUGUUGUGUCCUGAGCUUUGAACAAAUGCAGUGAUUUCUAUGUACGUUUAUAAGAUGACGGCCCGUGACUGUAUAAAGCGAUGCGCCUGGGAUGGUUCCGGUGCCUCGAAGCGCUGGCUGGGUUGUUUUUAAGGCUAAGACGACGUUCGAAAAGCUCUGGCAAGGACCUCGUGAUAAAAUUAGGAAUCUGAGUAAUCAAAGAAAAGACAAUCGUCUGGUGAAUAGUUCACUUUGGCCCCCGUAUUCCCUUUGUAUGAUGUCUAGAGAUUCUCACAUACUUUUUCUCGUGUUAAUUUGUGCUGGUGACAGUUUUAUUGUCUGUUUUUAUUAUAAUUGUUAUGAUGAUUAUCAUCAACAUUAUGGUUAUCAUCACAGAUGGUAAUAAUUUAGAGAGACGGUUUUUAUUUUCUGCAUUUUUUUUUUUUUUUUUUUUUUUUUGUGUAGGUUAGGCAUCCUAUUUUAAUUUGUUUUUAUUUUAUUAUAUAUGAAUAUUAUAUAAAUAUAUUUUCGUUUUAAUUUUUUUGUUGUUUUUUCUUGUUUUCUGUUUCUUCAAAGGGGUGUUACUAAUAUUGCACGAUUUAUUAAGUAAAACAAAACCGUUGUAGUAAUAUUAGUACUUAUUGCUAAUUGAGGGAAGCGAUAAAACAGGUUCGAUAGAAUGACCAGUUCAAUGCUGCAAUUUUUAGUCAAAUGUACAAUAGUAUCUACACAUAGUUAAGGUGGGACAUCCACACGUUUAAUUUAUUCUGAUCAGACACAAUGCAUGGGCGUCAGACAAGCAAAGAAUGAGUCAUAUUAUAAAUAAACUGAAAUGUAAUUUCGAUAAGAAUAUACAUCACAAAACUAGAAUAGAAAUUGAAGAAAAAAGUUUAAAAAAGAAAAAUUAUAGCUAAUAUAUUGUGUUCGGCUAGUCUGCUUUGAGUUUUGUUGUAAAAAAUAAAAAAAAGACAAAAAAAUACAAAAAAAAAAAUUCUGUUGUUUUCGGAGAAUGAUAUACAAUUUGUGUAUAUUUUCAUAAACAAAGUAUGCACUGAUAUGUUAUUACAAAUU